AUGGAAGUCAAUCCUUUGAACAUAUUUUUCGUGAAGUCUGAUAGUAAAGGAGAUAGGCUUCUAUUUAGGUAUCCGUAUACAUCUGAAAAUAAAGAUGAAAGCAAGCAGAAGAAAUGCGGCCGCCACAAUCCCUACGCAGUUAAUUGCACUGAAGAUCUGUUGCAAAAUCCGCAGUCACAAACAUCAAAUAUAUGCAAAGGUCAGCUUAGUGGAUUUACAGAUGAAAUGUUAUCAACAUUAUUUGCUGUAAAGGCAGAGCUUUGCAACAGAAAAUUUGAACUGAAAGUAAAUGAUGUAAGGUUUGUUGGGCAUCCAACACUUUUACCUUACAGAACAAACAAAGAUGAUACUGCUGCUAUGAUACUUAUCAAUAUUGUUUUUGCUUUGCAAGCCUCAGCAAGUCAUUCUAUUGUUAAAUGCUAUUAUGAUCUGAGCAAGAGAUUAGGCAAGGCUUUGAGGCAUGAAGAAAAAAGGUGCUCUUAUUUGACUGAAGAAAUGAAGAUAAUGUUGGCAGCUCAUGAUGAGGUUUCAGCACUUGAUAGUGAAAUAAAUUCAGGAGAAAACGAUGAGGAUGAAGAGAACUUGCGUCACUCUGUUAGUUCAACAACUUACAGUGCUGAAAAUUGUAAUGAGGAAACUCCUAAGUCAGCAUUCCACCUAAUAUUGCAGAGAAGCUCUUUGGCAAGAUCCAUGAAAGCUGUGUUUGAAGGUCUUAGUUCCACAGGCAUUGUGCAAGUCCGUAUAAACAAGUGGGUGCUUUUAUCAUUUUGCUUACCUCAUAAAGCACAUCAAAUUCACAAUCGAGGUCUUAUCAUCGAACCAGAAACCAUUGACAAAUGCUUACAGAAACUCAGGCCUUAUCAUGGCAUGCUGCUCUUGGUUGAUCCAAAUUAUCUGUUAGCAUCAAUCCCUCUUGAUGGCAGCCCUGCUUUGUUAAGAUUAAUUAAACUGUAUAGCCCUCUGAAGAGUCUUCAGACACUUGCAAUCGAAGCAGACUUAUCUUUUACACAGGUAUCACAGCUCACUGGUCAUCUCGUAUACUGGGCCAAGGCAACAGUCAUCUACCCCCUUUGCGAGGGCAAUGUGUAUGUAGUGGCUCCUGGCGCUAACAUUCACACACAAUCCCCACUAUUGGAUGAAUUCGCUAAGGAAUUCCCUGGGCUAUGUUUAUUGCAAAUGCUAAGUGAGUUUUCUCUCCCUGCCCCGCUGUGGUAUGUUGCCCGAGGAGUGGGGGGAGCUGGCGGGGGUUGCGGUGGAGGGGCGAGGUUGGCACGCGUCGUAGCCUGGCUGCUGCGACGACGCCUCUUACUUCAGUUGCACACCUAUGUGCAGUUCAAUUCGCCCCACUGGGGUCGUGAUCCAGACGGCAGGGAGCACUACUGCGAGAAGCACGACAUCUACAACCCGACGUGCGGCGUCACGUUCGCGCUGAACCAGAUGCAGCUGAACGCGCCUGGCCCAGUGGAGCUGCGGGACAGCGGCAACAGCUUCCCCGACUCCGACGAGGACUACCCCACGGAGAACAACCUCAACCAGACGGACUUCUCGCACACGCGGCCGAUCGUGAUCGGCUCAGAGCACGCGAGGCGCGACCGGCUCGCCGACGCCGACGCCGACUCGGCGAACCACUCGUACGACGGCGUCGACGUGGUCGACGGCCGCGACGCGGUCGACGGCGGCAAACAGCCGAACUCCGUCGACAGCGGGAUAUCGCCGAACGUCAACGCGCGCGCGGAUCUUGUCGACGGACGCUCGGAGCUCGUCAACGGACGCUCGGAGCUCAUCAACGGACGCUCGGAGCUCGUCAACGGACGCUCGGAGCUCGUCAACGGACGCUCGGAGCACGUCGCCGGCGCGGACGUCGAGCGGGCGCCGGAUUCGCCGUCUCUUUCCCUCGGCCCGCCGCCGAGGGAGACGGACGCUGUGAACAAGGACGCGAGCAGCGACGAGGACCGCUUCGACGCGGACGAGGCGACGCCGUGGCGGCGGAGCGGCAACAAGCCCGCCAACGGCGCGGAGAAGAGGAACGGCGUGUCGCUGAACUUGAAGCUGCAAAGCGAAAUGAGCUUUCAGCCGCCGACGGUGUGCAGCGCGGCGGGCGGGUGCGAGGCGGGCGCGUGGCGCGCGGGGGCCGCGGAGGGCUCGCCGCUGCACGCGUUCACGGCGGCCGAGCGCAGCGCACUCGCAGCGCUGCCCGCCGCCGGCGACGCGGACGACCUCAUGCUGCUCGCGCGCCUCCACAAGAAGGGAUACUUCCGUGGUGAACAGCAUUUGGAAGAAAUAAUGUUCAUGGAGAAUGUAACUCGAUCACAACUCAUGCAGCUUCUGGAUAAGUUCAAAGAUGUCCUGAUCACUUUCGAAACCGAAGACCCCGCUGUGGCAAUGUUAUAUCCUUAUCAA